AAUCGACUACAUCACAUUGGGAAGUGGGACCCCUUCCAUUUCUUCUUCAGUCAGUUUUGAUAUCAGAAUGGCAGCACAACUAAACCUGCCAGAAAAUACAGAUGACUGGACAAAAGAUGAUGUAAAUCGGUGGUUAGUUAGUCAUAAAAUUGACCAAAAAUACAGGCAAAUCUUGACCACACAAGAUGUGAAUGGAGCAGUCCUGAAGUUUCUAACUAAAAGUCAUCUCAUUGAUAUGGGCAUAACACAUGGACCAGCUAUCCAAAUAGAACAACUAUUCAAAAAAUUGCAGAUAGCAUCCUCUGAUGAUCCUAUUCAGACAUGUCAGAAGAAAAAAGGCAGUAAAAAGGCGCCUAAACCACAAACUUUGAUGCAAGAGGAAAAUGAGGAAACUUCAAAGCAAAAACAAAAGGGUAAAGAGAAAUCAGAUAUGGCUAAUGCCUCUACAAAGACUACAGUUUCUAAGUCACUAAAAAGUGAGUUCGUAGAAGAUGAAAUAGAUGACACAAAGGAAAAGCAGCCAUCCAUAGAACUGACAUGUGUAUCAUAUCCUUUUGAUGAAUUCAGUGACCCGUAUCGUUACAAAAUGGAUUUUUGUCUACAGCCUGAAACAGGACCACUCAAUCUCAUUGAUCCAAUACAUGAAUUCAAAGAGCUCACGAAUACGACAAAAGCCACAGAGGAGGAUGUUAAAAUGAAAUUUAGCAAUGAAGUUUUCAAAUUUGCUUCAGCUUGUAUGAAUUCACGGACCAAUGGCACCAUUCAUUUUGGAGUAAAAGACAAGCCCCACGGAAAAAUUGUUGGUGUGAAUGUCAACAACGUCACCAAAGAAGCCCUCAUUGACCACUUCAAUCGGAUGAUCCACCAAUAUUUUGAAGACCAUCAGGUCCAAAAAGCAAAGAAGUGCAUUCGAGAGCCAAGGUUUGUAGAAGUUUUACUGCCAAACAGUACUCCAUCUGACAGGUUUGUUAUUGAAGUAGAUGUCAUUCCAAAAUACUCUGAAUGUGAACAUGAUUAUUUCCAGAUUAAAAUGCAAAACUGCAACAACCAAGUAUGGGAACAAAGAAAACAUUUCUCAGUGUUUGUGCGAGAUGGGGCCAGCUCUAAAGACAUCAUGAAAAAAAAGGUAGAUUUCGAAAUGUUUAAAUUAGGCUUAAAAGCAUUGGCAGAACAUAGGAAAGAAGCAGAAGAAAAAUGCAGAAUAAAAACAAAUAAUAAAAACAGUGAGGGUCCAAAGCUUAUUGAAUUGUUGACAGGAAAUAAGGAUUUGUUAGAUAAUUCAUACUAUGAAUGGUACAUUCUUGUAACAAACAAAUGCCAUCCUAAUCAAAUAAAACACUUAGAUUUUCUGAAGGAAAUAAAAUGGUUUGCUAUAUUGGAUUUUGAUCCUGAAUCUGUGAGCAAGGGGGUAGUCAAUGCUUACAAAGAAAGCCGAAUAGUAAACCUUCACUUGCCAAGUCUAUAUGUAGAGGGGAAAACCACACCAAACGAGAAGAUUUCUAGUCUGAAUCUUUAUCAGCAACCCAGCUGGAUUUUCUGCAAUGGUAGGUUAGACCUUGACAGUGAAAAAUACAAACCCUUAGAUCCAAGCUCCUGGCAAAAAGAAAAAGCAUCUGAAGUCAGGAAAUUAAUAUCAUUUCUUACACAUGAAGACGUAAUGCCAAGAGGGAAGUUUUUGGUGGUAUUUCUUUUACUCUCCUCUGUGGAUGACCCAAGAGACCCCCUCAUUGAGACCUUCUGUGCUUUCUACCAAGAUCUCAAAGGAAUAGAAAAUAUAUUGUGUAUUUGUGUACACUCACACAUAUGUCAGAGAUGGAAAGAUCUACUUGAAGCAAGGUUAACAAAACAAGAUGAAUUAUCAAGCCAAUGUAUUUCUUCUUUAAGUCUUGAAGAGAUCAAUGGUACUAUUCUUAAACUAAAAUCUGUGACUAAAUCUUCACAGAGAUUUUUGCCAUCUAUUGGUUCAUCAACUGUCCUUCUAGAAAUGGAAGAAGGUAUCAUGACUGCUCUGGAAAUUCUCUGUGAAAAUGAAUGUGAAGGUACACUCUUAGAAAACGAUGAAAAAAAAUUCCUUGAAUACAAGGCUUUAAAAGAGGAAGACUUCUAUAGAGGUGGUAAAGUAUCAUGGUGGAACUUCUAUUUUUCUUCUGAAAACUAUUCUUCACCUUUUGUCAAAAGGGAUAAAUAUGAAAAACUUGAAAGAAUGAUUCACAGCUGUGCAGAUUCUUCAAAGUCAACAUGUUCCAAAAUUAUUCAUCUGUAUCAUCAUCCAGGCUGUGGUGGGACUACCUUGGCUAUGCAUGUUCUCUGGGAAUUAAGGAAGAAAUUCAGAUGUGCUGUGCUGAAGAACAAGACAGUGGAUUUUUCUGAAAUUGGAAAACAAGUGACUAAUUUAAUCACCUAUGGGACAGCAAACCAUCAGGAAUACUUACCUGUACUGCUUCUCGUUGAUGAUUUUGAAGAACAAGGUGAUAUCUAUCUUCUGCAGGCCUCUAUUCAAACAGCUAUAGCUAAUAAGUACAUCCGAUACGAGAAACCUCUAGUGAUCAUCCUAAAUUGCGUAAGAUCACAGAAUCCUGAAAAAUGUGCGAAGAUGUCAGACAGUAUCGCCCUAAUACAACAACUAUCUCCCAAAGAACAGAGAGCAUUUGAGCUUAAAUUGAAAGAAAUUGAAGAGCAACAUAAAAACUUUAAAGAUUUUUAUUCCUUCAUGAUCAUGAAAACCAAUUUUAAUAAAGAGUACAUAGAAAAUGUUGUCAGGAAUAUCCUGAAAGGACAAAAUAUUUCCACCAAGGAAGCAAAGCUCUUUUCUUUUCUGGCUCUUCUUAAUUCAUAUGUGCCUGAUACCACCAUUUCACUUUCACAGUGUGAAAAGUUUUUAGGAAUCACAUCCAAGAAGGCUUACUGGGGGACAGAAAAACUUGAAGAUAAGAUGGGCACCUACUCUACAAUUCUGAUAAAAACAGAGGUCAUAGAAUGUGGGAAAUACUGUGGAGUGCGCAUUAUACACCCUUUGAUUGCUAUCCGCUCACUGGAAGAAUUGAAGAUAAGCUAUGAUUUGGAUAAAAGUCAAAUUAUGUGGGAUAUGCUAACAGAAAAUGUGUUCUAUGAUACUGGUAUAGGAAGAAGCAAAUUUUUCCAGGAUAUGCAAACACUGCUGCUCACAAGACAGCGAAUUGAACAUGAAGGUGAAACAGGGACUUGGUUUUCCCCAUUCAUUGAAGCAUUACAUGAAGAUGAAGGGAACAAAGCAGUUGAAAAAGUAUUACUGGAAGGUAUUCUUCGGUUUAACCCAAAUGCAUUCAUUUGCCAAGCCUUGGCAAGACAUUUCUACAUUAAAGAGAGGGACUUUACCAGUGCCCUUCAUUGGGCAAAUCAAGCAAAAAACAUAGAACCUAACAAUUCUUAUAUCUCAGAUACACUGGGUCAAGUCUACAAAAGUAAAAUAAGAUGGUGGAUAGAGAAUAAUGAAAGAAACAGAAACAUUUCAGUUGCUGAUCUAACUGAACUUUUGGAUUUAGCAGUUCAUGCCUCAGAAGCAUUCAAGGAAUCUCAACAGCAAAGUGAAUAUAAAGAGGAUGAGGCAACGGAAAGGUUUAAUCAGAAGUCAAAGAGGCGGUAUGAUACUUACAAUAUUGCUGGUUAUCAAGGGGAGAUAGAAGUUGGGCUCUAUGCAAUCCAGAUUCUCCAGCUCAUUCCUUUUUUUGACAAUAAAAAUGAACUAUCUAAAAGAGACAUGAUCAAUUUUAUAUCAGGAAAUAGUGAUAUUCCUGGGGAUCCAAACAAUGAAUUUAAAUUAGCCCUCAAGAAUUUUAUUCCCUAUCUAACUAAAUUGCGAUCUUCUUUGAAAAAGUCCUUUGAUUUUUUUGAUGAUUAUUUUGUCCUUCUAAAACCAAGGAACAACAUUAAGCAAAAUGAACAGUCCAAAACUCGGAGAAAGGUGGCUGGAUAUUUUAAGAAAUAUGCAGAUAUAUUUGGUCCCUCCGAGGAAUUACAAAACAAAGAUCUCGGAUCACAGCUUAGUUUUCCACUUCGAGUAGAGCUGUAUCGGAGAAGCCUAGAAGUUUUAAAAGCAGACAAGUUUUCUGGGCUCUUGGAAUACCUUACCAAAAAUCAAGAAACCAUGGAAGAUAUAGUGAAAAAAUACACUUUUCUCUUUGAACAAUCCACUGUCAGAAUCCAGCAAAAGGAAAAACAGAAUUUCAUCUUGGCCAAUAUCAUUCUCUAUUGCAUUAAACCUACCUCCAAAAUUGUGAUGCCAACUAAAAAAUUGAAAGAUCAGCUUCGAGAAAUCUUGCAACAAAUAGGACCGUCUCAUCAAUUAUCAGAACCUUAUUUCUUAGCUUCCCUCUUAUUCUGGCCAGAAAACCAAAAACUAGAUCAAGAUUCUAAACAAAUGGAAAAACAUGCUCGGUCACUACAAAAUUCUUUCAGGGGACAGUAUAAACAUAUGUAUCGUACGAAGCAACCAAUUGCAUAUUUCUUUCUUGGGAAAGGUAACAAUAUGAACAGACUUGUCCACAAAGGGAAAAUUGAUCAAUGCUUUGGAAAAACACUUGAUAUUAAUAUCUGGUGGCAGAGUGGAGAAGUAUGGAAGGAGAAAAAAGUCCAAGAACUUUUGCUUCGUUUAAAGGGACGAGCUGAAAAUAACUGUUUAUACAUAGAAUAUGGAAUCAAUGAACGAAUCACAAUACCCAUCACACCUGCUUUCUGGGGUCAACUAAGAAGUGGUAGAAGCAUAGAAAAAGUGUCCUUUUACCUGGGAUUUUCCAUUGGAGGCCCACUUGCUUAUGAUAUUGAGAUUAUUUAAGAGCCUGAUCUUCUCCCUGCAGGAAUGUGAUCUCAGUACAAUCUUUUUUUUUUUUUUUAC